AUGGUCUCACGAAUCAUGUCUAUGGAUCCAAGCCUUGCAAGCAGCGUGAACCCAGAACAAUUCGUAACCAUCAGCAGGUUCGAAGAUCUCCACAUGGCUUCCAAAGAAGCUAGUGAAUGGGUAUUAAGUACACCGCCGAGCCGUAUCUCUUUGAAAACCGUACCCACUUCGUCUGGGAUAAAUUUCCCUUCGAAAACAAGUUCCAUUAGAAUUGAAGAAAAAUUUAGACGAUAUGUUAGCGAAGGCGAUAUGCUGUUGCAGCAACUCACCAAACAGUCGGACGAAACGAUUAAAUUGGAAGAUUUUUGCGAUAGCAAACACUUAUUGGAAAGAAACACUGAAUCGUUUAGAUGCUUGGGCCAACUUUUACUGUCCAGCAGCUCUUUAGCUAGGAAUAGACUUUUUCUAUUUCCUGCUUUAGAGGAUCCAGGAAUCGAUACAGUUUUUAAAUAUACAGAGCCAUCUCCGGUUGUUGAUGAUAUAGGUGCAGAAAAAUACAAGAAACUUUGUACAGAAAUGGAAAUAGUGCCCAUAAAGAGAAUAAUCAAUUCUUUGGAAACUGAGACAGUUGAUUUAAAAUAUUAUGGAUUGACUCAUAAACAAAUAAAAGCACUAACCGACGCCCUAAAAGCAAACGCUCACGUACGAAAUUUAUUUCUAGAAGAAAAUUGGCUAUCAGUUGAAAUGACACAAAUGAUCAGCGACAUGUUAGUGGAAAAUACAUCUUUACAAGUUGUUUCUUUGUACGAAUGUAGAAUAGGAGCAACAGGUAAGUAA